AUGACGACGUCGAGGGGGAGGAGGAGGAAGAUGAUGAUGAUGACCACAUCACCAAUGCCCCACUACCUGCGGCACGCAAAUGAAGAGGACGAGGAAGAUGAGAACGACUCUGACUCGGACGAAGACAUGCACGAGCCCCAGUCCGUCCCUCAUAUUACGCACGCCCCAGAGCCACCAACAGAUCGCACAACUCCCGUUGUUGCCAACUUUACCGUGGAGGAACUCUCCGAUUUUGACCCCAUGGAUGACAAUCGUGUCGGCGUCAUUCCCCCAACAAGCUUCGAGUACCCCGAAUCAGAUCGCUCGCGGUCCCGCUCUCGCGGCGCGGGCAGCUCGACAAGCGAUGUCUCAGCCCCCAAGAACCACGCACAUCUCCCGCACCGACCCCGCCCCUACCCAGACCUAGACAUCAACAUGAUGCAGCACCUUCAAAACCUCAACUGCAGCGGCUCGGACGACGGCGAGGAAGAGGAUGAUCUCUUCGAUGCCUCUGACGAUGCGGCCCACAAGGAAUUUGUCCUUGCGCAGCGCGCUCUCAAGAUGCGCAAGCGCCGCUCCCACGGCAGCUCCAUCGGCAAGCGCACGCACUCGGAGCGCAGCGAUAGCGACGGAAAAGAAGACUUGCCCGACACGCCGUGGGAUGCUGUCGGCGCGAGUGCGCGCAGGCUGAGGCGCCGUGUGGGCGACCGGCGAAGCCUGCAGUUCCAGGACCCGCCACCCGAGAGGAUCGAGGAGCUCGAGGAGCCCGACAGCUGCGAGGAGGGCCGAGGUCGUCUGAUGAGGGGCUUCGGGAUGCUGUUUGGGGACGGAGAGACGCUGGCGCGCGAGCUGCCAUAUUAUGCGAUGGAGAUUAUGGAGAUGGACGAGGAUGAGUAG